CCAGGCGGCGGCGGCGGGAGGGGCGGGAACAGCCUCCGCCGCAGGAGUCGGGCGGGCGAGCGGAGAUUUGGCUGAGGGAGGCGAGCGGAGAGGAGCGGCGCCCGGGCGAGAGCUGGCUCCCUCGCCUUGCUCUGCCCCCCUUCUCUCCCGCCAUGGCGGUGGACGUGAGGCGGCUGGAGGGCCUGAGCCUUCACCAGCUGAACGAGCUGCUGGACGACGAGGAGCAGCUCCAGAGCAUGGCCAGAGAGAUGGAGGAGGCUCAAAACGUUCAGCUUAGCAAGGACAUGACUCUUGCCAGCAACCGCAGCCUGGCAGAAGGCAAUCUCUUAUAUCAGCCAAAGCUGGAUGCCCUGAAGGCUGCAUUGACGCAAAAAUAUCAAGAACUGCAGGUUAUCUUUGAAGCAUAUCAAAUAAAGAAAACGAAGUUAGACCGACAAUCCAGCAAUGCUUCCUUGGAGACCCUUCUAGCACUGCUUCAAACAGAAGGGGCUAAAAUUGAGGAAGACACUGAGAACAUGGCUGAGAAAUUUCUGGAUGGUGAAGUUCCAUUGGACACCUUCAUUGAUGAAUAUCAGAGCCAAAGGAAACUGGCUCAUUUGCGACGCGUAAAGAUAGAAAAACUCCAAGAGAUGGUGCUGAAGGGACCAAGACUUCCCCUGGUGCCACCUCAGCCGAGAGCCACUGAGACACCACCAGCAAUUCAGACUUCAGAGGCAAAUGCUGCUCCUUCUGUUCUGCCUCGCCGCAAUCCUCCACCGCCACCCCUGGCGCCAGGAGUCCCGGCAGGACGCUUCCCGACUCCCUUUACAGCAGCAAUGAAUGCAGGACCAGCCCUCCCCUAUUCAGGUGUUCCAUACCCUCCGCUCCCCCCUCGAACAGGAAUUCCAUCUACUACUCAAAUGCUCCCUCCAGGAUAUUCAGCUCCGUUUACCCCACAGUACCCACCAGCGUUGCCCCAAAGACCACCGCCUCGCCUCCCACCAAACCCUGGCUUUAUCCUACAGUGAAGAUGCCAUCAUGCCCUGACUCUUGUGUUUUGGUGCUGAACUUUUUACUCUUUAUCUCCCACAAACUAAACCUAAGUAGUGGCAAAUCUCCAGACUUUGCACACAAGAAAUCAUAGCUGACAACUUGUGCAUCCGUGCAUCCUGCAAAACACCGCCAUGUUUUGUUUUGUUUUAAAUCAACAACUGCAUAAAACACUUGCUUAGAAGGGUGGUGGGGCAGCCGAACUGUAAAUUUGAUUGUUUCCAUAUUAAGUGGGAACUUGCAUAGCUCUUAAGAGAUUUCAAGUCAGUGUGGAAUGACUGUGACUUCCCAAGGGAUUGUGUCUCUUUCUCUACUUGAUUUGCGCAUGAAGAACUUCAAUCUAUUUCUGCAAAAAUAUAUAUUAAAAAAAUCUCUGUUCUGAUCUUUUAAAUGGUAGCUGUUGCAUAUACCUUCUGACUAUGAAAACACAGUAAAAUGGACCAGCCAGCAACCCUGGUGACUCUGUGCUUGCGCUCGGUGUUUGCUAACUGAGGCUUUAGCACCUCAUGCGGGACAAGGUGCUUCCCAUGCUGAAGUAAUCCCAUUCAUUUCAGUGAGAUGAUGCCAGUGUAAGUAGGUCCCUAAAUUGCCUUUUUUAAAUGUGUGGUAGGGAUCGAUCAACUUUUUUUAAACGUGAUGACCUCCAGGAAGUCUCAGGAUUUAAAAAAAUAAGUAGUGAAUGGACACCCGUUUUUCCUCCUCUUGUUGGAUCUUUGGACCAGAUCCAAAAUUUUGUAUUUUGUUCCAUUGGAUACCUUCUGCAACCUCCCCAUUCUGCUUGCUGUCACCCUUCUCUCCUCAUCAGUCUGUCUCCCAAAUUCCUUCCUUGUGGCAUGUAGGGUAGAGGGUCGUCUUAAAAAGGCUUUUGGCCUGUAUUGCCUUCUUGCAUUGUGGAGAGCAAAUUCUGUCAAACACACUUUUGUGUGUCAUGACUUCUGACUAAUCUGAUGGGCAAUUAGUUCUAUCAGUUUAUAUUUUCAUCACAUCUUGGUCUUAAGCUAAAACUCCCACCCCAGUGGAGAACCUCGAAUCUGUUUCGUAUUGAGCCGGGAGAGAGCUUUCUCUUCCCUUCAUGCCCCUCUAGUCUUCCAAACCUUUUGUUUCUUAAAAUUGAAGACCUGCUUCCAUUUACAAACUUUUCUAGACUGACUGCUGCUCUUGAAUGAAUCUUGGCUGUUAGUUUUUUGUAUUUAAUUAACUUUUGCAGUCAUGUGACAGCUUCAGAGUCUUGAAAUUUCAUUGUUGUUUUAGUCCUUCUGGGGGCUCACUCUUGCUAUCAGAUGGGUCUGUGACAGAGCCCUGAAUAACAGCUAAAUAUGCUAAAUGCAAUUUUUCAUUGCAUUGGAGUUUCUUCCAAGAGUCUGGCAGAGCGUGAAAGAUCGUAGAGAGAUUAGCACACCAAUUUCACAUCAUUGCUCAUUGGUGUGUUUGAUUGAUCUCUCAUUUUAAUAAGCGUGGAUAGCUGUAAAAUGAAUAAUGUUUCAAGAGUGUUUGGAGAGGGACAGUUGUUGCUGAAUUCAGUAGGAAAUGGUUCUGAGCCUUAAAUUUUGCAGGGGAAUCAUCCACAUUCCAGGUCAAGAUAACCUUGCUGAUUACUGUCUUUCUAUGCUCUUGCAUUCUUCAGCAUAAAACUAGCAGAAGCUUAGUAAGAAGCCGAGGGAGAGAAAAAAGAAAAAUCUUUAGAGGUGUGAUAGAGGUAUAGGGUUGAAUACAGAGACAGUAGUACUUAACACACAAUGUAGUUAGAGCAGACUAGCUACUUCCGCUCUCAACUGCUUCUGUUACCAGUUUUCCCAUAAGGCUUUCAGCGCAGCAUCUUGCAGGAGUAGUUUGUUCUAUACGGGGCUAUGAAAUUAGUUGAAGCGAAAUGCAGAUUAAAUUGCUGCUGCUCUUUCUUUGUAGUCAGCAGGAUUGCCUUGUAUGCUAUUGAAUGGUGUGUCUCAAGGUAGCUGGAAUGAGUGUGAUUUUCAAACUGGCCAUCAUAAAGGAAGCGCCUCCUCUAGUCUUGCUGCUGGUGUCCUGCCAUAAGCUUGAGCCAUGGUUGAGUUUGGGUUGCAUUCAGACUUGGGCUUACGGCUUGCCAGGAACAAGAUUUGUUCUCUGGUUUGCUGCUUGUGGUUUGUCUGGGGAAAAUAAACCAUGGGCCCAGAUUCAGAUGCAGUGCAAAGUCAUGGGUUAGUUCAUAGCAUUAUACCAAAUUCCUCAAUUUCCUCCCUCUUAACCGAGCUAGGAAAAUAGACCGUGGGAAUUCUAGCUAUGAACGCUGUUGAAGUGGAUGAGCAAGACCCCCAAACUUGUGUCCAUGCACUAAAAAAAUUAUAUAGGCUGUAGAAGUAAGAAGAAACUGAUGUUAACAGCUACAGCAAUUCCAAAUUAAGUAAAGUACGUGUGUGUGUGUGUGUGUGUGAGAGAGAGAGAGAGAGAGAGAGAGAGAGAGAGAGAGAAUCUGCAUAGGACUUCAAUAAUUUGUGGCUGGAAAACAUGCUUCAAACUAAUUUGCGGCUUUGUGCAUCUUGACUGUGAAGAACAUGGAAGUAAAACAGUUGCCAUCCAUGGGCAGCUUCCUUAAAGCUGCUGUAGCGACACACUUCAUUUCUAUCAGCUUUUCACAAAGCAUGCAUUUCUCACAGCUCAAGAGUGCAAGGAGGAAAGUGUGAAGCUGUUGCAGCAGCACAUCCAUUAGCAACCUGCCUUAACUGUUUUACAGUGGAAGUCUCAAGAAGGCCUGCUGUUAAUGCAUAAUGCCCUUCAACACUUACUUAAAAACGAACCAAGCAAGCUGCAGUUGCCAAUCUAGACCUCCUUAUGCACCCUCCAGUUUUCUUUCUGCCACUUUUCCCCCCCCCCCCGUACGCCAUCCUAGACUGUAACUGGUGCCCUUUUUGUUACGACGGGAGCUAAUUUUUUGUCAGCUUUGCAAAACAAAAUGGCCAUAAGAAACUUUAUAUUGUAUCAUAUUUACAUUCUUCUGAUCACUGCCCCUUUUGGGUAAGCUGGCUAAAAGAGCAAAAUGCAAAAACCUUUCAGCCUGGAAGCCUCUUUCUUGAAGCCAUAAUCUUCUGUUAGAAGAUAAAAGAUGAAACAUGGGAAAUCCGUGUGCAUCUGUGCCCGUCCUUGAACUGCCAUUUUUCUGUUAGAGGCCAUUCACACUUGCCUUGGAACAGGAUAUCCUCUUCCCAUCUGGCUGUGGGACUCUGAGGCUAAUUCUGCCAGGACCAAGAUUUUGAUCUUGGUGUAUGACUAAGUCCUACUGUGUAAAUCUUGGGGAAUUGUGAAAUUCUAGCUUGAUGUAGGAAAAAUGGUUUCUAGGGUCUAAUCAGGUAUGAGCUUUUAGUAUUCCAUGGAUGACACAAGAUCUCUUUUUUAAAAAAAAUGGUGACAAAAGUAUACCUGUAUUUGCUGAAUUCUGUAUCUAUUAUAAUCUUAUUUGGGCAUGGUAACUUGUGUUUUGCCCUUUUUCCAUUUUCAUUUUCUGUGCUGCUUAUUGUGUGUGGAAUAUGAACCUUUGGGGGUUGGUGAAUUUGAAAAGUUGGUUCCUUUAAUCAUCUGUUCAUAAUUUUUCUUGUAAAGGAUGCUUCUUGUGUACUCUGAGGCGCAUGGAGGACUCCUGUGAGUCACUUCUGUGUUCUAAAAGAUUAAGGGGGCUGAAUGAGUAAGAUGCCUGACUUAAUCCUAGACAGAGCCAUAAACUGAAGCUUCUGAAACAGCCUUUGAAUAAUUGGUUUGUGUUUCAAAUAAGUUGUCUGUUACUUGUUCAGAUGAGUCAUUUGAAUGCAUUUUGGGGUGCCAGAGUGGCUUGUGAAGGCCAUUCCAUGGUUGUAACAUUACUUAAUUUUGAAGAUCUGAUUAAAAAUUCUCCCAGAAGUUCAGUCUUGGGUGAGUCUUUCAGCCAGUCGUGUUACUCAUUCAGCAUGAUGAUAAGUCAUCCUUUUUCCAGCAACCAGAAUACAAACACUGGAGCUAAUGUAGCCAUCUUUUUCCUGCUGCUUCAGAGCUCACAUUUGAGUGCCUAAGUGAAAGGCAGACCUCUGUUUGGUGCUAUAUCUCUGUCAGUUGCCCCUCAAAUUAGACACAAUGUAGGUACCAAUUAUGUCUGCCCACCCCUUCAAAAAUAGGUUUUGUUUAACAAUAGAAAUUGGUUGUUCGUAUACUGUUGGCUAUCUUUAUUCCACCACCACCCUCAGCAUUACACACUCAAAAGAAAAAACUUGAGGCAAAUUUCUAAAUUGAGGUAGACCAAUUGAGGCAGAGGCAUCUUAAGUUUAGAUAGCAUGUGCUCGGCUGGUGGUAGAAUUACUGGCAUUCUCACAGAUUCUCCAGGGCUAAACGGGUUAAAUAUUUCUCUAGUUUGUAAUGGUGGUAUAACCUUAGUUGAUAGCUUCUCAUGUGAGCAUCCUUUGUGCGCAACAGAGGAGGCCAGAAGCCCACUUACAAAUUUCACAAAACAUAUUUAUAUGCUUUCUAAAGUGUUUUUAGACAGUGAUUGUCCCUAUCAAGGAAGAACCCCAAAGCCCGUUACUAGUUUUUAAAGAAAUUUUGCCUUUUAAAGCAGCAACAAUGUAUUUUGCAAUUGCUGAACUGUUCAGGGUUUCCUCAUGGAGAAGACAACCACACUACCAGCAACAAAAGUGGACUCUCUUUGUAUCCAGCAGCAGUGCACCAUGGCUGAUGUGUGCCUUAGGAUCACUGUUUGUGACUUGCUGAUAAAAGAUACCUGCAUAUCUUUCAAUUCAGUGGCCAUUCAAUUGUCUUUUUCUAAGGGCUCCUUUCUGAGGGUUUCUUUUUAUGAUGCAGGAUUUUGAAAGUAAACACAAGGCAGUAUCUGCAAUUUGCUUGUGGUGAGAAGUGUAAAUAUGUGGUUGGUAGCCGUUGUUACUAAACUGCUGUAAUCGAGGAAAAGGUGGGGAGGGCUGAUCCAGUAGGCCUUCCGGUGAGCAGGCUGGUGAAUCAAGCCUGCCAGAAGAACUUCUGCUUGUCCCAGAUGUGGCAGUUAGAGGAGGAUGCAGGCAACAGCCAUCUGGGGCUCUGCAGGGGAAGGAAGGUGUUGCAGUUGUGGCUUAGGGGUUAUCGCUUGGCUGGUGCUACAGUGGAGCACUUGUUAGAUGUCAUUGUGUUCAAAAUGGUGGUAGCAGGAAAUGCAGUUGUUAAUUGUGCAAUACAUACUUUCAAAUGUUUGUAACUGCAUGAAGGAGGGCAAGAUCAUUUGUUCCCUCUUGCAUGGGGGAAGUCCAAAUGUUCAGCAAAAUGUUGGGGGAUGAGCACAGAAAGCAAGCUGUCCUGUGAGGUCCUAUGAAUGCAACGCUUCUUACGAGAGAACACUGUUGGACAUUUCUUCUGAUUAAGUGGGACUUGGGUGGAGAUGAAACCAAAGGAGUCAGAUGCAAAUGGAUGAAUGAUUUCUUCCCCACCAAUACCUGCUGCUUGCACCCUGAUCCUGCACCCCACUUCCUUCUAUUCUGCAUUCAUACAGAAGGAAGUAUUACAUGUGGGGCUUGGCCACCAGCAACCAGUUGUGGGGUAACAAAGGUGAGAAUGGGUGGGGCUUCUUGAUCUGUAGGACACCUUGUGAACAAGUGUUGAGCAAGCAUUCCCCCUUUAUGGAGUAGACUUGAUUCCAGUAGUGGCAAAAGGUUUAGGAGCCGCCUGGUCAUAACCUUCUUCAAAACACAUAUGACUUCAGAUGCCUGCAAGUGGCAAAAGUUACACGAAAACUUUACAAGUUUUUUUUAUAAACAAAAGCAGUUGAAGCUCAGAAGUUUAAAUAGCGUUAGAAUAUAAACUGUUUUAGUGUUCCAUUUCAGAUAUUACUCUUUGGUGACCUUUACAUAAAAAAUGCAAAUGUGUUUUUGUUCAUUAUACCUGUAUUGUGCAGCUAGUAAUGUUUUUUUAAAAAAAACACCCAUUGAACAUACACUAUUGUGAAGUGAAGAAAGCCAUACUCCCUUGGCAGGGUUGUGUGUGUGUGUGUUUUGGAGAGGGGAGAGCCACUUUUUUUAUACACAACUGUCUUAAUUGCCCUUUCUAUAAGAGUAUACACAUGGAGGGAUGUCUGCUGUGAAAGGGAAUUUCACAGUGUACUUGCUUGACAUUAGACCAUGCCUAUUUCGUAAUUGUAUAUAUUGUGGGGAAAGUAUAAGUGGAUUUUGCUGGAUUAGCUUCAUACAUCCAGUGGCAGCAGCAGAAGGGGUGGGGUGGGGUUAGUACGUAAGAAGAGUCAAACUUAGGAUAGGUAACUAGUUUUACUAAGGGAGGCUGGCAGUGUAUUUAAGUCCAAUAAAGAAGCAGCUGUGUUAGAUGCUGGCAAUUUGGUAAUCCUCUGUAUUCUGAGGCAUCAUCCUGUCGCUUGUGCCUCAGGGGAAGGCGGCUUGACACUUCAUCCCAGGGUAAGCUAGUGUUAGGAAGACAUGCAGCCUGUUGCCUCUAACCCCCAGAGAAGCUACUGGAUACUUUUAACUAAGCCUCUAGCAGAAUCUCACUUCUGGAAGUAGGACUGUUCCUAAUGUAACAAGUCUGUAAAAGUUUCCUUUGUGCUAUACAACUGAUGAGGAUGUGGUUUCAAAACGAGCUUCAGUGUUGAAAGCCGUUUGUUUUUCUUGUAGAAUUGGCUGUUAACAAUUUCAAGAUUGCAGUGAUUACCGAAUAAAAAAAUGCUAGAUUUUGUACAAA